AUGAAUUGGUCUUGCUUGGUUUGUCUGGUUUUCGUCUCACUGGUUUGGCACUGUCCAGUGAUUUACAGCAGCCCAAUGACUAGGACUCCAGAUACAGGCUCGCAAACUGAGGUGGACUGUCCUUCCAGCUGUGCAUUUGCGUUUCCUAACAGUACAUCAACAAUGGACAGUGUGGAUCAGGACGGGCUAAACAUGACUUCAAGAGAACUGAAUCCUAAAUUUUUUGAAGCAUCUCGAGCGGGCCAGGCCAUCCAACACUACAUCAACACCAUCCAUGGCUCACCAUUCAGGCUGUAUGUGGUGACCCAAAUCCACAAGGCAAGAACAGAGGACAUGGGUGAAUCGGGGAUGAAGUACAUCCUUGAAUUCUCUGUGAAGGACACAGUCGGUCAGAGUUCAGAGGGCCGGUGCUCAGCAGAGGUGCUCUACCCCAAAGGGGAGACUCAGCGUCCACCUCAGGUCCAGUUCUCCUGUGAUGGGUUACCUCGUCUCAACACCUCUGAUAAGGAGCAGGCAUUCUACCAGAAAUAUAGUGCCAAUACCAAUCCUGUUACUGCAACCUACCUACCAGACAGCUAUGGUCACAUAGAGCCUGAUAUGUUCCCUUUCUGGCACUUGGGAUGGUUAGCCGCCAGCUUUGUCAUGCUUAACGAGUCCAGUGAAAACACGCGGUACAACAUGGCUCAAGUGGCCAAGAUCAAACAGCUGAAGAGUGAAGAUGACCAGCUACACUUCGAGUAUGAGGUUCUGCUUCAUGAUAUGGUUUCCCAGGAGAUUAUUCGUUGGAAGCUGCUAAUUACCUGGUCUCCAGCAAAGAGUAUAAAAGUGGUAGAAAGUGAAUUGCUGCCACGAUGUCAUUGCAACUAAAACCCUUAAGCUUUGAUUGAUACAUUUUUCCUAAAAUCAGUUUAAAUCAAUAUCCACUUAUACUGUAAUUUGCAACAAUAAAACAUUACUAUAAAGUUGCUUCUUGAAAUGGUUGCCACAUUUUGUCUACAGCUAUAAUAAUUGGAUUGAUGCUUUGAGUAAAUAAAUAAGCAGGCUACUUCAA